AUGGCGGGAACAAGCCAGGCCUUUAUGUGCUUUUGGCUCUUGAUGCUGAUUGCGUUGUCAUCAGAAGAGAUCACUAUGUCGGACGCGAGGACCUGCAUGCCGGCGGUUGGCCUUGGCUGCUUGAAGAGCGACAACUGCAGGAAGCCAUGCUUAAAUGAUGAUCCUGACAACAACAGUUGGAGAUGUUUACACAUAUUCUGCCUCUGCUGUAGGCCGUAA